ACCCAUUGGGCAGUGCGACGUCGAGGCCGUCGCUCAUUGGUCACGUUCUAGAAAGCUGAACGAGCACAACGAAGAGGGCACUUCCGUAAUAAAGAGGCCAAAGGCGGGGCACUUGCCAACCCGAUUUGCUAUAACUUGCCCAACGCCCGAAACGGCACAUCAGCAAAUGGCGGAACCAACUCUCCGACCGACCGCGGCUUGUUCCAAGCGAUCAGUGGCCUUGCUGCUUCUCACUCUCCACUUCUCACUUCUGUUUCACUCAUCCCUCGCCGAAAUCAUCUUUGAAGAGCAUUUUGAAGAUGGGUGGCAGAGCAGGUGGGUUAAAUCAGAUUGGAAAAGGAGUGAGGGGAAAGCAGGUUCCUGGAAGCAUGCUGCCGGGAAAUGGUCUGGGGACCCCGAUAAUAAGGGUAUUCAAACUUCUUCGGAUGCAAAGCACUUUGCCAUAUCUGCAAAGAUCCCAGAGUUCAGCAAUAAAAAUAGAACACUGGUUCUCCAGUAUUCAAUAAGGUUUGAGCAGGAGAUUGAAUGUGGUGGUGGUUAUAUUAAACUACUCUCUGGAUUUGUAAAUCAAAAGAAGUUUGGUGGAGACACUCCUUAUAGUGUAAUGUUUGGACCAGAUCUCUGUGGCUCACAUACGAAGAAGCUACAUGUUAUACUCUCCUAUCAGGGCCAGAAUUACCCCAUCAAGAAAGAUCUUCAAUGUGAGACGGACAAGUUAACUCAUUUUUACACAUUUAUUCUUAGACCCGACACAACGUAUAGCAUCUUGGUUGACAAUAGAGAAAGAGAUUCUGGAAGCAUGUAUACAGACUGGGAUAUCCUUCCUCCUCGGAAAAUAAAGGACAUAAAUGCAAAAAAGCCUGCAGAUUGGGAUGAUAGAGAAUAUAUAGAGGAUCCUAAUGAUGCUAAACCUGAGGGCUAUGAUUCAAUCCCAAAGGAAAUUCCUGACCCUAAAGCUAAGAAGCCUGAUAGCUGGGAUGAAGAUGAGGAUGGGAUAUGGAAGCCACCAAAGGUUCCAAAUCCAGCAUAUAAGGGGCCAUGGAAACGCAAGAAAAUAAAGAAUCCUAACUAUAAGGGGAAAUGGAAGACUCCAUGGAUUGAUAACCCAGAAUUUGAAGAUGACCCAGACCUUUAUGUUAUGAAGCCAAUAAAAUAUGUGGGCAUUGAAGUUUGGCAGGUGAAGGCUGGUUCAGUUUUCGACAACAUUUUAAUUUGUGAUGAUCCAGAAUAUGCAAAACAAGUUGUGGAGGAAGUGUUUGCGAAUAGAGAGGCUGAGAAGGAGGCAUUUGAAGAAGCAGAAAAAGUGAGGAAAGCACAGGAGGAAGAGGAAGCUCGAAGAGCAAGAGAGGAAGGUGAAAAGAGGAGAAGGGAGAGGGGUUAUGAUCGAAGAUACAGAGAUAGGGAGCAUUAUAAAGACAGAUACAGAAGGCGUGAUCGUUACAUGGAUGACUAUCAUGACGAGCUCUGAUCACGCUGUUUCUCAACUCCCUCGUCAAAAGUGAUGUUGGUAGCCUAUAAUAACAGCAUGCCUGCUUUCAUCUGUUGGUUGAAAACUACCAGAUUUUGUAGAAUGUUGUAAGUGGAGUUUUAGAGGAAUUACUCAGGAAAAUGUGUCAUCUCAUCUCUAGAAUUUGCUUUACCCCACAUUGGGACUUGUAAUUUGCUGCAUAUCUUGCUACUAAAAUCCUGCCUGUAGAACUGUUGCUCCUCUCCAACUCCAAAUCGUCUUAAUUUACUGCCUUGGUUUGGUUCCUACACCAUCAAGAAACCUCCGUGUUAACAGUAUAAUCUUAUUGGCAUUUGUACUGUUUGUGGAAUGCCCAAGUAUGCAAAUUGGGCUGUAUAUUAACGCUUGAAUGCCAUUGAAGAAUAACUUUUGUGGAUUGUCUGA